AUGAAGGGCUUGUUCUCCAUCGUGUCUGCUGCGCUGUUCGCUACGGCCGUCAUCGCCGUCGCGCCGCCCGCAGAGCUCGGUCCGCUCGACGGCCUCGUCGACGGCGCGCUCGGCGAAAUCACGAACAUCCUCGACGUUCGGGAUGAUCUGCACUUCAACCCGGUCGAUAUCGAGCUGAAGACCCUGGCCACCGGCGAGAUAUCGCCGCGUUACAUGACCAACGCCAAGCGUAUGGCUCGCGGCCUCAACCCGAAAGCGCCCGUGAACCUGCGCGACCUUCCGACUUCCACCGUGUCCGCCACCCUGCCCAAGCGCUCUACCGCGCCAAACCUCAACUCCCGUUCUUACACUGGCACCGUGUCGGUCGUUUCCAACGACAACUCGUCGGUCAUCGGCUACGUCUCUGCGUCGCCGAACAAAUACGGCCAGUACGGCCUCUGCACCGACGUCGACGCCGCUCUGAAGGUGUCCUUCACCGUCUCGGACGAUUCGUCGCCGUUCGAUAUCACCGCGUCGAACGGGAUCAGCGACUUCCCCUUCUUUGGCGCCAUCGUCGGCCACGCUAGCAAGGCCGUCGACCUCGUCUCCGGCGCGCUCAACUACGUCGCGCUCGGUGGCGUUGAGCAGUGCGGCCUCGGCGCGAUCCCCUCGAUCAUCUCCAACGCGUUCUCGUUUAUCACCGGCAUCUCCGUCGCCGUCGAGAGCGCGAUCUGGUCCAUCAGCGACGACCUCGAGCUCAGCCUCGGCUGGGUAAACAGCGACGGCUCCAAGCCCGAGUCGACCGACCUCGUCUACGUCUCCACCGAGGAUGCGCUCGUCCUCACCGGCGACCUGCCCGUGUUCCGCAACUCCUUCGGCUUCUCCGCGGACGUGUCCGUCUCUUGCUCUCUCAAGCUCGUCGUCUCCUGA